CAGGUCCCACUGCUCGCCGCCCCAGAUCUCCCAAUUUAUCUCUGCCUCUCGCUUAUCCACCACAGGAGAAGGGUCUAUCGAUACAGUGGACACGGAGGCAGCUACUGCGAACAGACGCUUCCCUUUGCCUUCUCCACCUUGUUGGAAUCCACAUUCAUCAAUUGUUUCACAAGAGACAAUGGCAGCUGCAAGGGGCCUCGCCAUAGCCUUACCAGGAACCGCGGCCACAAAGGCGGAGACUUUCCAUGGAAACAGGAUACCCAAUUCCACUUCUUCGCCUGUCGCUGCUGGAACCUCAUUGCUUAGGUUUAAGGUCGGUCGGAAAGGCUCUGUGCGCCGCCCUAGUCCGCGUUGCGAGGCUCUGGUGGAUCACGAAGAGAAGGCAGCGGCCAGUAUCUCUGCCCUUGAGCAGUUGAAAUUGUCUACCGACCGUUAUAUGAAGGAAAGAAGCAGCAUAGCUGUUAUUGGUCUAAGCGUUCAUACUGCUCCUGUGGAGAUGCGAGAAAAACUUGCCAUUCCAGAGGCACAAUGGUCUCAUGCUGUUGGUGAGCUCUGCAAGUUGAAUCAUAUAGAAGAAGCUGCAGUUCUCAGCACCUGUAACAGAAUGGAAAUCUAUGUGGUUGCUCUUUCUUGGCACCGUGGAAUAAGAGAAGUAACAGAAUGGAUGUCCAAGACAAGUGGAAUUCCAGUUUCAGAGCUAAGAGAACAUCUUUUUUUGCUUCAUGAUAGCGAUGCCAGUAGGCAUUUGUUUGAGGUAUCAGCUGGACUCGAUUCUCUAGUACUAGGAGAAGGACAAAUCCUUGCACAAGUUAAACAAGUUGUGAGGGUCGGUCAAGUCAGCGGAGGACUAGGGAAAAACAUUGACAGAAUGUUUAAGGAUGCCAUAACAGCCGGAAAGAGGGUACGCUGUGAGACAAACAUAGCGUCUGGAGCAGUAUCAGUAAGCUCAGCGGCUGUAGAAUUGGCCCUCAUGAAGCUCCCGAAACCCCAUGGGGAAUCAGCACGAAUGCUGGUAGUAGGGGCUGGCAAGAUGGGGAAGCUUGUCAUCAAACAUUUGGCUGCUAAAGGGUGCAAAAAGGCUGUGGUUGUGAACCGGUCAGCGGAACGAGUGGAAGCCAUUCGUGAGGAGCUCAACGAUAUCGAAAUAAUUUACAGACCUUUCAGUGAAAUGCACUCAUCUGUUGCUGAAGCUGAUGUGGUGUUUACAAGCACAGCAUCAGACGUGCCAUUAUUCCUGAAAGAAGAUGUUGAAGUCCUUCCUCCUGCGAGUGAGGAUGUGGGGGGCAUAAGGCUUUUUGUUGACAUUUCGGUCCCUAGGAAUGUCGGUUCUUGUGUUUCAAACAUUAAGAAUACAAGAGUCUACAAUGUUGAUGACCUUAAGGAGGUUGUUGAAGCUAACAAGGAAGACAGGUUGAGGAAGGCAAUGGAAGCCCAGACAAUAAUCACUCAGGAGCUCAAGAGAUUUGAAGCAUGGAGAGAUUCUCUGGAGACCGUCCCUACGAUCAAGAAGCUAAGAACUUAUGCCGAUAGAAUUAGGUCCUUGGAGCUUGAUAAAUGCCUACAAAAGGUCGGUGAAGAUGCACUGACAAAAAAAACGAGAAAGGCCAUUGAUGAUCUUAGCACAGGUAUAGUUAACAAGCUUCUUCAUGGUCCAUUACAGCACCUGAGAUGUGAUGGCAGUGAUAGCAGGACUCUCGACGAGACCCUCGAAAAUAUGCAUGCUCUCAACAGGAUGUUCAGUCUGGACACGGAGAAAGCAAUCUUGGAGCAGAAGAUCAAAGCCAAGGUAGAGAAAAUCCAAGCCUGAGAACUUACCCAACAAUGUACAGGAAAAGCUCGAUACAUUUCUGCAGUAAAGAUUUGUGAAACUCCAUAAACAAACCAACCUUUUGGUCACUUUCACUGCAUCUGGAGUCUCUGAUUCUUUGCUUCACUGCUUCUACAAUAAAAGAAUCGAUGAUACUUUGUGUCAGUUUGCAUAGAGUUGGCUGAUAGUAUUGUAUUGAUAUUUGAUAUUGCAUGUAUCCUAUUGCGGCUGAAGUCCUGUAAUUGGUCUCUUUGAUUCACUGUUGUGAUAUACUAAAUUCUUCUUGAAAGCUA